GCUAGAGCAGAGAAAUUUUGGGUGUGUGCAUUUAUUAGAGUGAAGUAUUUUUUUGUUUUAAGUGAGAUAUGAUUUGUUGAGGACUGUUUGAAAGCAAAGACACUCACACAGCCACAACAUGGCUACCCUGUCUCUACGUAUCAGCAUCGUUGAGAAGAAUGUGACGAAGACAAUGCAGUUUGAUCCCACGACAUCGGUGUAUGAUGCGUGCAGGAUCAUACGAGAGAAGAUCUCAGAAGCCAAUCAGGGUCAACCAAAGGACUACGGAUUGUUUCUGGCAGAUGAGGACGUGAAGAAGGGCGUUUGGCUUGAACCGAUACGAAACCUUGAGUACUACAUCCUCAGAAAUGGGGACUUACUGGAAUACCGCAAGAAGCUGAGAACUUUACGAGUGAGAAUGCUGGAUGGAACACUGAAGACGCUGCUAGUGGAUGACAGUCAGCCAGUAGCAAAUCUGAUGGUUGUCAUUUGCACCAAAAUUGGUAUCACUAACCAUGAUGAGUAUAGUCUUGUACGUGAGAACCAAGAGGAGGAGCUGGAAAACAAACCGAACUUCGGCACAUUGACGCUGAAACGAAAAAAGGAAGAAAAGGAACGCGAUGCCAAGAUGGACCAGUUGCGAAAGAAACUGAAGACAGAUGAUGAAGUGAACUGGAUAGACCCCUCCAAGACUCUGCGUGAGCAAGGUAUUGAUGAGAACGAGACGCUCCUGCUGAGGCGCAAGUUCUUCUUCUCGGACCAGAACAUCGACUCACGGGAUCCUGUGCAGUUGAACUUGUUGUAUGUGCAGGCGCGUGAUGCAAUACUGGAUGGCACGCAUCCAGUCACACAGGAGAAGGCGUGUGAGUUCGCUGGCAUUCAGUGUCACAUACAGUUUGGAAGCUACAAUGAAUAUAAACACCGACCAGGGUUUCUCGAACUCAAGGAGUUCCUGCCGCAGUCAUAUGCCAAGGUUAAGGGCAUUGAAAAGAAGGUGUUUGCUGAACAUAAGAAGCAUGUUGGCCUGUCUGAGCUUGAUGCUAAGGUGCAGUACACCAAAACUGCCCGCUCUCUGAAGACGUACGGUGUCACAUUCUUCCUCGUUAAGGAGAAGAUGAAGGGGAAGAACAAGUUGGUGCCCCGUCUGCUGGGUGUGACGAAGGAUUCUGUCCUGCGUCUAGAUGAGAAAACAAAAGAAAUUCUGAAGACAUGGCCACUGACUACUGUGCGACGUUGGGGUGCAUCUCCCAACACAUUCACGUUGGAUUUUGGAGACUACUCUGACCAGUACUACUCAGUGCAGACGACAGAGGCAGAGCAGAUCUUGCAGCUUAUUGCUGGCUACAUAGACAUUAUACUGAAGAAGAAGAAAUCGAAGGACCAUUUUGGUAUUGAAGGUGACGAAGGCUCGACAAUGGUGGAGGACAGUGUUUCUCCUCUCAAAGCGACCAUACUGCAGCAUGAGACCAGCAAAAUUGGCAAGGUGAACACAGAAUCCCUGGCAAAGCCAGCCAUUAUGCGUGCUGGAGCAGAUGGAGCCCGACCAUAUGGGACGGGUCACAUGGGAGGUGCCCAGUACACAACUAUAAGUGGGCAGGUGAAUCUCGCUCAUGCCCCACCUCUGGUGCAGCAGUCGAGAAUAACCAGUGUUCUGACAGAGCCUCAGCGGGCUCUCCUGAGCACUAUUAGUGCAGGCCAUGAUGUUAUCAUCACAGCAGAGAAGGAGCUGGAGACUAAGGCUCAGAUACCAGAGCUGGGCUCAGAUCCUGUGUCCCUGAAGUGGAAAGAGACAACCCUGGAUACCAACAAGCAGAACGUGAGCUCCCAGAUAGCAGCCAUGAAUGCUGCCACUGCACAGGUCGUUACCUUGACAUCAGGUUCAGCAGAUGAGGUAGACCACACUGCUGUCGGAGCUGCCAUCACAACUAUCACCACCAAUCUGCCAGAAAUGACACGUGGUGUGCGCAUGAUUGCGGCUUUAAUGGAAGACGAGAGCUCUGGAGAGAAAUUGCUAGAUGCUGCACGUAAACUUUGUUCAGCAUUCAGUGACCUUCUGAAGGCUGCUGAACCUGAGACCAAAGAGCCUCGCCAGAAUCUCCUGAAUGCUGCAAGUCGUGUGGGUGAGGCCUCGCACCAGGUUCUUUCCACCAUUGGCCAUGAGGAUGAGUCAAGUCGUGAACUGCAGGAUAUCCUGCUCGGACUUGCCAAGGCUGUUGCCAACACAACUGCUGCUCUCGUCCUGAAAGCCAAGAACAUUGCUGCCACUUGUGAAGACCAGGCCACGCAGAACAAAGUGAUCGGUGCUGCUACACAGUGUGCUCUCGCCACGUCACAGCUUGUCGCUUGUGCCAAGGUGGUUGCACCCACCCUGCACAGCCCGGCAUGUCAGGAGCAGCUGAUGGCUGCAGUGCGGGAGGUGGCUCGUGCAGUGGAGGGACUGGUCACCAUCUGUAACGAGAGCUGUCCAGAUGAGCAUCUGCUGCGUGAACUGAGCCAGGCUGCGUCAGAGGUUACUCGCACUCUUAACGACUUGCUGAACCACAUCAAGUUGGGAACAAGGGAGAAGGCACGUGAGAGUGUGCAAGAAGGUGCUGUGGAGACGAUACUAGUUGCCACUGAUCGUCUGUUUGCCUCCACUGGUGAUGCAGCGGAGAUGGUGCGCCAGGCCAGGGUGCUGGGACAAGCUACAGCUCAGCUCAUACAGGCCAUAAAGGGGGAGGCAGAGAAACAGCCUGACUCAGAAAUACAGCGCCGACUUCUAGCUGCAGCAAAGACCCUCGCUGAUGCAACAGCACGCAUGGUGGAAGCAGCUCGGCUGUGUGCCUCAAGUCCGCAUGAUGCUCAGCGCCAAAACCAGUUGCGCCAGGCAGUUGAGGAGCUGCGUGCUGCUACAACUGCAGCAGCCACACCAGCACUGCGAAAGAGACUGAUAACAAGGCUCGAGGCGGCGGCAAAGCAAGCUGCCAGCACGGCAACCCAGUGCAUCGCAGCUGCUCAAGGGGCAGCACACCAUAAUACUAACAAAGCCUCACAGGAGGAACUUAUGGGUGACUGCAAGACCAUGGCAGAUCACAUCCCCAGCCUCGUGGAGGGUGUCAAGGGCACGCUGUCCAAUCCUGAGAACCCAGCAGCACAGCUGAACCUCAUCAAUGCUUCUGAGCAGUUUCUGCAGCCUGGCGCAAGAGUGGUGCAGUCAGCUCGAGCAGUGCUACCAACUGUCUCAGACCAGGCGUCUGCUUUACAACUGACUACAAGCUCCCAGCAUCUGGGGACAGCACUUGGUGACUUACGUUCCGCCCUGAACCGUGCCCGUGAAGUUUGCAGCGGCUUGGAGCUGGACUCUGCUUCUGAGCUAAUCCGCAGCCUGCAAGCUGAACUCGAAGCCUUCCACAGGGCUGCAGAGAGGGCAGAACUCAGACCUCUACCAGGAGAAACGGCUGAGUCGACUGCCCUGCAGCUUGGUAGCACAUCUAAGCACGUGGGCUUUGCGAUGGCUCAACUGUUGAGCGCUGCAGCACAGGGCAAUGAGAACUACACAGGCAUGGCUGCAAGGAACACUUCAUCUGCUCUUCGAGACCUCACCAUGGCAGUGCGAGGUGUGGCUGCCACAACAAACAACCGUGAUGUGCAGACAAAGAUUAUCUCCAGUGCAGAAGAUGUCAUGGAGAGGUCACUGCGCCUCAUAGAAGAAGCUAGGCAGGCCCUUCAGACUCCUGAGAGCCCCAGCAAUGCUCAGAACCUGACACAAGUUGCCAAAGACGUAUCUCAGGCUUUGAACAAGUGCGUGGGCUGUCUACCGGGACAGAAGGACGUGGAUGAGGCCAUUCACUCCAUCACAGAUGCAUCACAGAUCCUGGACCGAGGAGAGUUUCCUCAUAGCAAUAAGUCAUAUGGACAACUGCAGCAGGAACUGAACUCUGCAGCAGCGAACCUCAAUGAUGCAUCGGCAGAUGUUGUGUCGUCUGUACGCAGCCCAACACAGCUGGCUGCCUCAUCCCGUACAUUUGGCUCAGCAUUUGGGGACUUGUUGGGAGUGAGCAUGGAGAUGGCUGGACAGACCAAGGACAAGGAGGUACAGGGACAAAUGGUCGUGUCCUUGAAGAAUGUUUCGAUGGUAUCAUCAAAGCUGCUGGUAACUGCCAAGUCUGUCGCUGCCGACCCAUCAGCACCCAAUGCUAAGAACCAGCUUGCAGCAGCAGCAAGGGCAGUGACUGACAGUAUCAACUACCUGAUUGAUGUCUGCACAUCGGCAGCCCCGGGACAGAAGGAAUGUGACAAUGCAAUACGUAAGAUUCAGUCAAUGCGGCCCCUGCUGGACAACCCCACAGAGCCACACAAUGAUUCCACCUACUUUGAGUGUUUGGACACUGUCAUGGAGAAGUCGAAGAGUCUGGGGGAUGGGAUGACAGGCAUUGCGAACCAUGCCAAGAAGUCAGAACAUGAGCAGUUCGGUGAGGCUGUGAAGAGCGUUUCAAACUCAAUCUGUGGCCUGGUUGAAGCCGCAGCACAAGCCGCCUACUUGGUAGGAGUGUCAGAACCAUCCAGUGUGGCUGGGCGCCCAGGGCUUGUGGACCAGGCGCAGUUUGCACGCGCUGCCCAGUCCAUCCAGACAGCCUGUCAGCACUUGACCAACCCAGCAACAAAUCAGCAACAGGUGCUGUCGGCUGCAACGGUGAUUGCCAAGCACACAAGUUCCCUUUGCAAUGCCUGUCGCGUGGCAUCUUCUAAAACGACAAAUCCUGUCGCAAAACGACACUUUGUCCAGUCUGCCAAAGAUGUGGCCAAUUCCACAGCAAACCUUGUAAAGGAAAUAAAGGCCCUGGAUCAAGACUACAGUGAACAGAACCGUCAGAGUUGUGCUGCUGCCACAAAGCCAUUGUUGGAUGCUGUGGACAGUCUGUGCACAUUUGCAGGUUCACCAGAGUUCGCUAGUCAGCCCGCCAAAAUUAGUAUCGGAGCCCGGGCUGCUCAGGAGCCCAUCCUGUCAUCUGGUCGUGCCAUCAUCGAUGGCUCUUGCUCCAUGGUCCGUGCUGCGAAGUCCUUGGCUGUCAGUCCUAGGGACCCUCCCACUUGGCAACUGCUAGCCAAUCACAGCAAGAGUGUAUCUGACUCUAUUAAGAAACUUGUAACUUCAAUCAGGGACAAGGCCCCUGGACAGAAGGAAUGUGACAGUGCCAUAGAGAAGCUGAGCGCCCGUAUCCGUGACCUCGACCAGACGUCACUCGCAGCCGUGUCGCAGAGUCUGCCUCCACGCCGUGACAACACACUUCAGGGAUUCACUGAUCAAAUGGAAAGCUCAGUGAAUGAGAUUCUAGAGAAACUUGAGCCUGUACGAGCUGCUGCCAAAUUUGAAGCUGAGAAUAUUGGACAUGCGGUGAACCAGAUGGUCCUGUACUUUGAACCACUGGUGGCUGGUGCUGUUGGUGCUGCCUCUAACAUGGUGCACUCAAAGCAACAGAUGGUGCUACUGGACCAGACAAAGACAGUAGCUGAAUGUGCGCUACAGCUGGUGUACGCUACCAAGGAAGGGGGAGGCAACCCGAAGGCAAUAAACAUCCACCCUGACAUUGAUGAAUCUGUUGACGCAACACGUGAUGCACUCCAAGAUGUGGGCAAGACGCUGGAGCACCUUGCGACACAAGCAGGUGUGGUGACGGGCAUCCUGGACUCGAUCACUCGUGCCAUGACACGCGUCACCGAAAGCAGUCACCGUCACUCAGCAUACUCUGAGACUGGGGAAUUGAGCUUCGUGGAUUACCAGACACGCAUGGUGACUGCGGCCAAGGAGGUGGCAAGGAUUGCACAGGAAAUGGUGGCGAAAUCUGCAACUGAUGUGGGACGUCUUGGGGCCCUAGGAGCUGAUUUGUCUCGCCAGUAUGGACAGCUGGCUUCAGAUGCCACUGGUGCAGCUGCAGCCACUUCUAACGCAGAUGUAUCAACACGCAUACGUUCAGGUGUUCAAGAACUAGGUCGUGCAUGUCUGGAACUUGUGAAAGCAGGUGGUGCUUGUCAGAUGGCACCACAGGGUGACACUUUUGCACAGAGAGAUGUUGCUGACAGUGCACGGCAUGUCUCAGAGAAGGUUUCGCAAGUGUUGGCAGCCCUGCAGGCUGGCUCUCGGGGUACACAGGCUUGCAUCAAUGCUGCCAGCACUGUUUCUGGUAUAAUAGGCGAUCUGGAUACAACCAUCAUGUUUGCCACUGCAGGAACACUGCACGCAGAAAAUGAAGAGGAAUCAUUUGCUAACCACCGCGAAAACAUCCUCAAGACAGCCAAAGCUUUAGUUGAGGACACCAAGACUCUGGUUGCAGGGGCUGCAUCCUCACAAGAACAGCUUGCUGUUGCUGCUCAGAAUGCUGUGUCAACCAUUGUGCAACUGGCUGAAGUUGUCAAGUUUGGGGCUGCGUCCCUGGGCUCUAAUAACCCAGAAGCUCAGGUGAUGCUAAUCAAUGCUGUGAAAGAUGUGGCAUCUGCUCUAGGAGACCUUAUUCAGGCAACAAAAGCUGCUUCUGGCAAAAGUAUCAAUGAUCCAUCCAUGAACCACCUCAAGGACUCUGCCAAGGUGAUGGUAACCAAUGUGACUUCACUGCUCAAGACUGUCAAGGCUGUGGAGGAUGAACACACACGUGGCACCCGUGCUCUUGAGUCCACCAUUGAGGUUAUUGCACAGGAGAUUCGAGCCCUGCACUCCCCAGAGCAAAAGAAAAGUCAUGCUACACCAGAGGAACUCGUGCGAUGCACCAAGUCGAUCACUGUGGCUACAGCAAAGGCAGUUGCAGCUGGCAAUAGCUGCAAGCAGGAUGACAUCAUUGUUGCUGCCAACAUGGGACGCAAGGCAAUCUCCGAUAUGCUGACCAUAUGCAAGGGAACAUCCAACUCAGCGGACAGUGAGGAGCUGCGCACUCGAACCCUGCACGCUGGACACGACGUGGCUGUUCAGUACCGUGAAUUGCUUCAGACUGUAUUGCACAUUCUAAGUCGUCCAGGUGGUGCAGCAGAUGCGAAGCAGAACCUGCCGCCUAUCUCUCGACGCAUAGCCCAGUGUGUCACAGAAUUGGUGACUUCUGCUGAAUUGCUUAAAGGAACAGACUGGGUGGACCCUGAUGACCCGACUGUUAUAGCGGAGAAUGAAUUGCUCGGUGCUGCGGCUUCUAUUGAUGCUGCUGCGAAGAAGUUGGCAAGCCUGCGCCCACGAAGAUCUGUUCAGGAGGCUGAUGAGAAUCUCAACUUUGAUGAGAUGAUCUUGGAGGCUGCGAAAUCCAUUGCGGCUGCAAACUCUGCCCUUGUGAAGGCUGCAUCUGCUGCCCAGAGGGAACUCAUUGACCAGGGCAAGGUGAGCAGGCGCCCAUUGACCAGUUCAGAUGAUGGGCAAUGGUCGGAAGGCCUCAUCUCAGCCGCCCGUCUCGUAGCGGCUGCAACGCACAGCCUGGUGGAGUCCGCUAACUCUCUAGUACAGGGAAUGGCUUCGGAGGAGAAGCUCAUCUCCAGUGCAAAGCAGGUUGCGUCCUCCACUGCCCAGCUGCUGGUAGCUUGUAAGGUGAAGGCUGAUCCUGACGCAGACAGCACCAAGCGGCUGCAGGCUGCUGGCAACGCUGUGAAGCGUGCAACUGACAACUUGGUGCGGGCGGCACAGCAGUCAAUCCAGCAGGAGGAGGAACGUAGUUUGGUGUUGAACCGACGGAUGGUGGGGGGGAUAGCACAAGAGAUUAACGCCCGCUCUGACGUGUUGCGUUUUGAGCGCCAGUUAGAAGAGGCACGUGGACGCCUUGCUGCUAUUCGGCAGGCCAAGUACAAGAUGAAGGGCGGCGACACCAGCGCGUCGGACACGGAGCCAGAUGGAUAUGGCAGUGGAUAUGAGUCCUUUACCACACGGUAUGAGACAAGGUCCUACGACAACACCUCAACCCCAAAGCAUUCUGGUAGUACACCAGUGGUUCACACUACCAACAUGAGCCCAAAUGGCAAUGUGCAGAAUCUCUCAUCACCAGAGAAACUUCUGUCAAGCAUUAACAAGGUGGAGCGUGCUUAUAACGACAUACAGGGGAUGUUGGAUGAUGCUGGUGAUAGUACCAGGAAAAUAUCUGCAAAUCUCAAGCCGACUGGCAGGAAAGUCUUGACACCAGAAAUAUUGACUGGUGGUGGCCAGACGUACUCAGCUGUCACAACAAACAAUUACUCUGAAUCGUCAGUGAACAACUUUGCCUCCUCUGGUGGGGAUGAGACUACAACCUUGGAACAGCGCAUGCUGAAACAACACACUUCGCAACGCACCAUGGAGAAACGCACUGUGACCAUGACAACUCACUCACAGCUCAAAUCAUAUCGUUUGAAUGAGAGUUAGGUGCUGCCUUUUCUUGCUAUCCUAAAUACUAGACUUAACUGUAGUUGCUUGGAGUUACUAAAAUCAAAAAGUGCAAUUGAGAAGUUGGCAGGAAAUUCACUUUGAGUGCCAUCCAGUGUUAAUAUAGGGUAACAUUUCUGGUGCUAUGCAUACUAAUAGGUUUGGAUAUGUUCUACAAUCAGUUUUCAUCAUGCAUUUAAAGGGUUAUAAUCACUGUAACAACCAAAUGUAAUUUUCAUCCUUAGGUUUUUAUAGCAUGUAUCUAAUGUGUAAUUUGCCCUAUGUGGUUUAGCUGUGUCAUGUGUCAGAUUUUUCACCAUUUUAGUGUACAUUUCAGUUAUUGUCUUCAGGAUGAAUGAGGCAGAAGAUGAUGUGACAUGAUAUAUAGGUCUCACGGCAGAUAUAAGGGUGGGACUGUGAAGGGAGACCUACAUAUGGCUGCUUCGUGCUUCCAUCUGAUCCACCCUAAAGAUGGCAACUGCACUGUAUCUUGAAACACACUGGAACAUGUGACAUGUUUAAACCCACAAGUCGAUAUUAACGCAUCCAACUGGAAUGUUAUAAGUGCAGGAGCUCAUAUCGUCUCACCAUUUAUUAAUCGUAAUGAAUAAGUUUAAUAUGUACCUCAUAACUUCAUAUUUUAUAUUUAAGAAGCAACAUAUCAAUUUUUACCACUGCUUUAUUUACACCAGAAUAAGAUGUUUAGCUUAGUUAUUUGUUAUCCACAUCUCUCAUACUGCACGUCUUUCUUCGUGUCUUGCACAGCCCUAUUUGAGGUGUUACCCAUGUGGUACACCGAUCAUGAUAUUAGCAGUGCCAUACAGAAUGCUUACAGGAAGUGCUGAUUUGCAUGAGUGUACCUUGAUCUGAGACUAUGGUACAUGAACGGGAAAUGUGCAAGUUUGGGCAAUGGUUAUGGCAAGAUAUUCCAGUAUAAAUCAUAUGACAAGUCUUCCUUUCUGUGUUCCACAUCUUCAUGUAAGAAGAAAAAUGUACAUUGAACAAGCAGAUUUUGUAAUAAUUGUACAAGAUUUGAUGUUCUCAUGGUGGAGAUUGAAAAUUAGUGUCUUAUGGGAUAUGAUGGCAUAUAAUCUGGUAGAUUGUUACAGGCAUUUCAGAGGCAUUUACACUGAAGAAGGAGGCAGAAUAUUCCCGUGAGAUACUGGUAACAGUAUAUGAGACUAUGUGAAAUAGCAUCCUACAAAAAAAAUAUUUUUAUGGUUAAAGUUCUCUUGUGUAUUAGAUUUUUGGGUAUUUGUCAUCUCUGUCCAAGAUGUUCUAAAAACAGGAAGCCAUUUGGGAGGUUGAUUUGCUUGUCCAAGUGAAAGUUUUCUCUCUGGUCUUGAAGUAAGAAACCAAAGAUGACAAAAUUUGGUGUUCGAGUUUAUGCAGAUUCUGUAGUGGCAAGGAUUGACUGAUGCAUACGAGCAUGAGAAUCAAAUGUUUUGUUGAUGUGCAGAGUUUUAUAAAAGGAAAGAUUUAUCAUGUAUAUUUUCAGAGUGAUGUAAACACAUCUGUAACCAGAGGAUGUAACUAUAACCUCUUACUUGCUUUCUCAUAAUCGUGGUUCCACACAAUAGGUUGAACACAAGAAAAGUUCAUUUUUCCCAAAGUGAUUUGUUGGCUCAUGUUACAGAUUGUGUCGCUGUGCCUUUGGUCAGGAUACUGCACAGAAAGUGGUAUAUACUUGUAUAUUUGUAGCUGGGAUUGUUAUAACUUUGUAAUUAAUUAAUUUAGAUGUUAUUGUGUAAUUUGAUAAUAUAUUAUUCUAACUAAAAUCUG